AAUCUGAGAUGUGGGUCUCCUCCUUUCUAUAAAUUCCCCACCUUUCUUUAUACUCACUCAAUUCUCCCACACCCUAACCAGACAAACCAUCAUUCUUUGUAAACAACAAUUCACAUCAAAACUCGGCAGCGCAGUUGGUUCCGAGGAAAGAAUUACAAGAACAAUUCAAGAAUGGUCGACGUGGAUCGGCGGAUGACCAGCCUGAACCCGUCCCACUUGGCCGGGCUCCGCCGCCUCUCCGCCAGCGCGGCCGCCGCCGCCGCUCCCUCCGCGCCCUGCAGCAGCCUCCUCUCCUUCACUUCCCUCGCCGAAAAGGUAAUAUCCCAGUUAAAAAACUCGGGGGUAAAUAUCCAGCCCGGGCUAACGGAGUCCGAGCUGGCCCAAGCCGAAGCCGAAUUCGGCUUCGCCUUCCCGCCGGAUUUGAGAGCCGUCCUCGCGUACGGCUUUCCAUCCGGCGCCGGCUUCCCUCACUGGCGAUCGGCUCGGCUCCACCUCCGCGCCGCGAUCGAUCUUCCCAUCGCGUCCGCGUCCUUCCACAUAGCUCGCAAUGCGCUGUGGUCGAAAGCGUGGGGCCCGCGCCCGGCCGACCCGGAGAAGGCGAUGAGGUUCGGGAGAAACGCUCUCAAGAGAGCCCCGCUUUUGGUACCCAUUUUCGACCGCUGCUACAUCCCUUGCAAUCCCUGCCUCGCCGGAAACCCUGUCUUCUACGUCGACGAGAAUCGGAUUUUCUGCUGCGGAUUCGAUUUGGCCGAUUUCUUCGAGCGGCAGAGCGCCUCCCCCAAAAUCGAGCGGUCGAUCAGCGAGAGAUCCGCGUCGUCGUUGAUCUCAUCGUCUUCAAUCGAUUCGUCGCGAAGGAGCCUUGACGCCGGCAGGCCGGCGCCGCGGUGGGUGGAGUUCUGGAGCGAGGCGGCGGUGGACCGGCGGCGGAGGGAUUCGAAUUCGUCGUCAUCGUCUUCUUCGGAGAUAAUGCUGCCGAGAUCGGAGAUGCCGGAUUGGGUGGGGGAGUACGUGGAGCAAGUCGGGUCGGUUCUGAGGCGGAGCGGGUGGGCGGAAUCGGACGUGGCGGAGAUCGUCCACGUGUCGGCAUCUGGCUUCUUUGUGGACGGGGAGAUGGUGAUGCUCGACAGCCAAUCAGUGCUUGACGCGUUGCUGUUAAAAGUGGAUCGGUAUUCGGAUACGCUCCGGAAGGCGGGUUGGAGCUCCGAAGAGGUGGCGGAGGCGUUGGGGAUUGAUUUCCGGCAAGAGGAGAAGAAGAAGAAGAAACUGUCGCCGGAGGUGCUGCGGAGGCUGGGGAAACUGGCGGAGGCGGUCAACUUGUCGUCGUCGUCGUCAUUAUUGGCCUAGUUUUUGGAGCGCUGUAGUUUUUUAAGAAGUUCAAAGUCUCGUGUUUGCGAACUCUUUUUCUUUUUUUGAGGAAAGGGUACGAAUACGAAGGCUUUGGUUUAUUAGGAAAUCGGAAAAGGUUAGAUUAAAAGUGAAAGUUUAUUGAAAUGCAUCGGUAUAUACAGAGUGUCCAAGUACGUUUUACAGACUGAUCAUGUAACUUUAUAUUUAGUUCAUUUCUAUGUCUUUACAUGUAAAAGUUGUUUUGUUA